AAUUUGAUUGGAUACACUCGGCCAAUACAACCAAUAAUCUAUAUGUUGGCAUUUAAAGAUAUAAUUGGUAUCGUUUCACUAGCAACUGGCAUGUGUCCAAUAACCAAACAUUACACUUUAGACAUAUGGACGAAACCAUCACGCAAAUUUAUCACUGUCGGAAAAUUAAACUCUAAACAGAGACAUAACUUCAACAUAUUUGAGAAGUCAACAAAUGGCGUGCUUAAACACAAAGUAUCUAAAGUGCCGCAGAUAUUCAAUCUAAGCCUCGAAGACGAGGGCGUGCCUAAUGUCACAACAACAGCAGGCAAUCAAAAUGUAUUUGCAGACGACAGUCAACGAACGGGAAACAUAUUUGAGAAGUCAACAAAUAAACAGCCGCAUGGCGUGUUUGAACACCAAGUACCUGAAGUGCCGCAGAUAUUCAAUCUAAGCCUCGAGGACGAGCGCGUGACUAACAUCACAACAACAGCAGACGACCAAAAUGUGUUUGCAGACGACAGUCAACAAGCGGGAAACGAGAAGAUCAUUGACGAGUGGGAUGAUGUAGGUUCGUUUGGGAUAAUGUCCAUCUAUUGUAACAGUGAGAUUCAUUCCGGGUAUGCCAGAUUACCAGCAGACGAUUCGCCAGAAAGUAUCCAACUGAAAUAAAAAAGAGUGCAAAGCUAUUAUGUGACAAACAGUUUUUUUGUUGUUGUUUUUUUUUAACAUGAGAACUACGAUGACAGAAAGAUCAUCCAAGUAUAGUUUCAACGAAAGAUCUUUAAUAUAAUUUACUGAUUAUAAAUAUUUUAAAUCAAAUUCAAAUUUGUCUUUGUUUUCUCCUG